UUUCUUCAUUUACAAUAAAAAUGCCUUUUGGACAAGUCAUUGUUGGACCUCCUGGUUCUGGAAAGACUACUUAUUGUUGGGGUGCUUAUCAAUACUUGACAGCGAUUGGAAGAAAGGUUGCCAUUGUUAAUUUAGAUCCUGCCAAUGAUAAUAUACCAUACCCCUGUGCCAUCAACAUUGCAGACCUGAUUACCUUAGAAGACACAAUGAAUGAAUUAUCUUUAGGUCCCAAUGGAGGAAUCAUGUUUUGUGUAGAAUACUUGUUGAAGAAUAUGGAUUGGCUUACAGACAAAUUAAAAGAGUUAGAGGAUCAUUAUGUGUUGUUUGAUUUUCCUGGGCAAGUCGAAUUAUUCACACAUCAUUCUGCAGUCAAGGAUAUCUUGCACGGAUUGGAAAAAAUCGAUUAUCGACUUGUUGCAGUAAAUAUGGUCGAUGCUCAUUAUUGUACGGAUCCCGCCAAGUAUAUCUCAGUUUUAUUACUGGCUCUAAAGACGAUGAUCCAGCUUGAAUUACCUCAUGUCAAUGUUUUAUCCAAGGUAGAUUUAAUCGAGUCUUAUGGAAAAUUAAGGUUUAAUUUGCAAUAUUAUACAGAUGUUAUGGAUUUAAGCUACCUGUUAGAGUCAUUAAAUGAAGAUGCGUUUGGAUCCAAGUUUAAGAAGUUAAAUGAGGCAUUGUGUGACCUUAUUCAAGACUUUUCUUUGGUGGGCUUUUAUACUUUAUGUGUCGAGGAUAAGGAUUCAAUGACAAGGUUACAACAGGUUAUUGAUAAAACAGGUGGCUUUGUAUUUGGUGGUCUUACUGAAGGAAACGAAUCCAUCAUGUUAACUGCUAUGAAAGCCGGCUAUCAUGAAGAUGUAAGUGACGUGCAAGAACGUUGGAUGGAAGAUGACUAUGACUAUUAAUUUUGUGUGUGUGUGUGUGCGUGUGUAAAUAAAUCCUCCUUUUUUAUUUUUUUUUA